AAGCUAUUUAAAUCUAUCAAUUCUGAUGAAAACCUAUUCUGCUCGUUUCAAAGGGAUAUAAUCUAAAUAAAUUAGAUGUAUUAAAAAUUUAGAUAUUUCCUCAAUGUCUUAGAAUAACAAUAAUUAUGAAGCAAAAGAACAACUUAUUAAAAUAAUUACUCUUGGGACAUCAGGAGCAGGAAAGGUAUUUUGAAAUUAUUAAUUAGACAUCCCUUUUAACUCGAUUGACUCAUGAUCAAUUUACUGAAAGUUACAUUGCUACCAUAGGUGUUGAUUUCGCAAUCAAGAGACUGUUUAUCAAUAAUUAACCAGUUAAAUUAUAAAUUUGGGACACUGCUGGAUAAGAACGCUUUAGAACAGCUAUUUCUAAGUCAUAUUAUAGGGGUGCCAGUGGAAUCUUCUUAGUUUUUGACAUUGCUAAUGAAGCCUCAUUUAAUGAUGUGUAAUAGUGGCAUAAAUGUAUUUAUUUUUCUAAUUUCAAGAAACCUUGGAAGAGAUUAAAAAUAUGAAUUAAGAUAUUUAAUUUCUUUUGGUUGGGUGUAAAUGUGACUUAGAAAAUCAAAGGCAAAUCUCAUAUGACGUAGCCUAUUCCUUUGCACAAAGCUUGGGCAUGCAUUAUAUAGAAACUUCAGCAAAAAGGAAUACUAACUGCUUAGAAGCAGCUGAAUGCUUGGGCAAAAUAUGCUUAUAAAAAAUAAAUGAAAAACAGAAUUAAGAGCAACCUCUUAUGGAGAUUAAGUAGGAAUAAUAUAAAAAGACCACAUGUUGCUGAUUUUUAUUUCGAAACUAUUUAAAUUAAAAAAAAUUCAUUUAU